UUCUGUUGUGUAUUUUGGUAUAUUCUGCAAAACAACAGUUGAGUGUGGAUUAAAAAUUGGCCAUCGCUGAAGAGGAUUGGCUUCGUAGAAGUCACACGAGGCUGUAGAAGUUAAUUCGAUCAAAAACUUGAUUAAUUGUAAAGGAAAUCAUACAAGGAUAAUGUAUAAAAUAACAGAUAGUUCUUCGGACGAAGAUGAUCCAUAUACAAAUUCUGUUGCUCGAUUAAGAGCAUUGAAAAAACAACGCUUUGAAAGAGUGGAACUUUCUCUUAAGGAGAGCAUUGUGCCGAAAACAAACUGUGAAGACAUGAAUAGUCAUAAUAAAGAUAUAAAAGAUGAAAUAAAUAAUGAAAACGUAUAUUAUGAUGAAAUAAAUAAUGAUGAAAUACAAACGCGAAUCAGGACGGUAAGAGGUAGACGGAUUAGAAAAAGUAUUACUAGAGCUGUCGGUAGGCGAACUAGAAGGCGUUUGCCUAUUGAUCUAAAGUACAAUGUGGAAAUUAUGGAAAAAGAAAGGCAAUCCGAAUCUUGCAAUGAUGUAAUUACACUUUCAGAUGAUGUAAUUGCACUUUCAGAUGAUGAUGGUUACAUCGAAGAUGAUAACUAUGAGAUAAAUAUAAAAGUGUAUUGGCGAUCAAACAGAAUUGAUCGUUUAAGUAUGCGUAGACAUGAUAAUUUCAAAGGUAUUUUUGAGCAUUAUGCCAAUUUAGAAGGAGUUUCCGUGAAUGAAAUCUUAAUCAUGAAGAAGGAUAAAAUUGUCCAUCAUACCGAUACACCUGCAUCACUCGAAAUUUCCAUUAUAGAUAUACUCGAUGGUGGGAUAGUGAAUCCAGGUAUGAACACACUAUCCAAGGAUGAGAGCAAUGAUAAGGACAUAUGUAAUAUUAAAGUACAAACAGCGAACAAAAAACAGUCUUUGACUAUUCCACUUAAGAAAGAUGAACCGUUCAAGAUGCUAUUUGCUAAUUGCGCCGAGCAAUUUGGUGUGAAGGAGAAUAAUUUAAAGCUUUACUUUGAUGGAGAACAAAUUAAUCCAUCAGAUACUCCAGAGUCUUUAGAUCUCGAAGGAGAAGCAUGUAUCGAUCUUCAUAUCUCUGCGUAACGUGUAAUAAAAAGAUAGCUGAAAUUUUUUAAUACAUUUUACAUACAUUGUGUUCAUUUUGUAUGGUAAGCAUAAUUACUUAUACAUCAUACAUUCUUUAUUACGUGUAAUAACAUUUUAAAAACACACAUGUAAAUUAUCAUCAUGUCAGAAACUAUAUAUAGCUGUCAUUUGUAAUUUAAUAGAAGUGACUGAUCAAUUUUUAAA